GCUUGAUACAACCGUGACGCAAGGAGCGCAAUGUGUUCACCGGGCAAAGUUGACCAAUCUGCUUGCAUCGUAGCCCUUUGGGCUAACAGUAGUCCAUACUCGUAACAUAAUGAACGGUUUAAGAGCUGGUCGACGCGGACUAUGCGGGCCCCCGGCGUCGCAGGGUGCCCUCCUGGGCUGCCCCCGACCGCAACCGCCGGCCGCGGCCCCGCAAACCCUUUUACGGCACAACCAUGACCGCCCUGCGCCAGCCAGCGCAGCAGCCGCAGCGCCACGCGCCCCUUUUGCACGCAGCAGCGACGAGGUGUCGCAGGACGAGGGGCUGCGGCACUGGUUGGCCGCACACGGCGGUCACGUGCACCCCGCACUGGUCAUCACCGCAGCAACGCAGUGCGGCUCGCGGGGCCUGGUGGCGGCGGAGGACAUUGGUCUGGCGGCGCUUGAGUCCGGCAGCUCGUCUGGUCUGGUGGUUGUGCCACGCCACCUGCACCUGAACAACGGCGCGGCGGUGGCGGCGGUGGCGCCGCACCUGGCGGCGGAGCAGCGGCGGCGGGCGUUUGAGGAGCAGUUGGGGCAGCUGCAGCAGGUGGCUUGCCUCCUAGCCGUGGAGCGGUCAAAGGGCGCCGAUUCCUUCUGGCAGCCGUACAUCCGUACACUGCCCCUGGAGCCGCCCAACCCCUGGCUGCUGCACGGAGCCCCCCUGGCGGCGGCGCUGGACCAGGCGGCGGAGCAGGGCCAUGCCGCCGCAGUGGCGGCGGCGGAGGCCGCCGAGGCGGCGGCGGCGCUGGCGGCGGCGGAGCCGCCGUCAGCGCUCUUCGACGACUGGGACGAGGAACGUGACGGCUGGCGGGAGGAGUCGGCGGCGGCGGCGGCGGAUGGCGCGGCGGCGGCGGCCGCCGCUGCCGCGGCGGCGGCGACGGGGCGCAGCAGCUGGGGCGCGGCGGUGGCGGCGGCGCGAGUGCGGUACGGGCGGCUGGCGGAUGAGGCGCUGGAGGUGCUGGGCGGCCGGGAGGCGGCGGCACUUGGAGUGGACAGGGAGGGGCUGCUGUGGGCGCUGGGCAUGGUCGUGUCCCGCUCGCUGGGCAGCGGGCGCUCCUCCGGCCUGCUGCCGUACGUGGACAUGGCCAACCACGACCCGCGCGUGCGGCCGCCGCUCAUGAUGCUGGACCACAACGACCAGGUGGUGUUUGCGCUGACCAGCAUUCGCGACGGCGAGCUGGCGCCACUGGCUGCUGGGCAGGAGCUGUUCAUAAACUAUGGCGCUGAGGACAUGUCACCACUCAAGGCCUGGCUCAAGUGGGGCUUCGUGCCGGAGGGAGGGCCCGCGCAGUGAGGGAAUGGCCGGGUCGUGCUACUGCCAGCCCGGCCUUCAACGUACCGUACAUGAAUGCAUCAUUGCCAAGUGAUGGGCGGCUGCGGCUGGUCGUGACUGCAGCAGUAUUCGCGUGCUGGGGGCCGGCGGCCGGGGCCGGCGUGUGCAUGAGACGCGAACCGGCAGCUAGGUGCAAUGGGACAUAGGUGACGCUGGAGAGCAGGGGUUCGGGGUGUCCAACUCGGCGGUUAGCUGUCGGUUGCCACCGACAUUUGGUCCCGACCCCCCCUGGAAGUGGGCAGGCUGAGCCCGCAGUGCGCCGGGCGAAUACCUAUGACAACUUAGACUUAUAAUACGUCGCGCGGCAUCCCCCAAAGCUGUGGCGGAGUAUCGCGCAUUCUCAAAGCA